CCUCCUCACUUCCAGUUUACGCUCAGCCUUUGCACAAAUCUCACCUCACUCACACUCGCAGAAAUUCCGUCGUCGUCUCAAAUUUGUCUCGUAAAAAUAAAUUCAAUACUUUCCUCCCUGGCUGAUUUAUUUUUUUUACUAUCCCCGUCUCAAAAAGUGCUCUCUGAUAAAUCGUGUCUCUCCUUUAAUUUGUGUUUUUUUAUUUCUUGACACUGACUUCUUUAAUUCUUUUCUCGUCGCAUUGUCUGCCGAGAAUUCAGUUCAAUUGUGUCUCGGAAACAACUGCACUUGACACUUGACUGGUCGGAGGAGUCUCUCGUGGAACGAAAUUCGCUACAAAUUUUUAAAGAUGGUGAAGGAGGUGGUGCUUUUGAUACUCGUGGGGAUAUCGACAACGAUUAUGGGACAAGUUUUAAUGGAGGGAUCAUGCCCGCCGAUUCCCGUGAUGAAGAAUUUUUCACCGGAUAAGUUUUUGGGAACGUGGUACGAGAUUGAGCGAUACUACUCGGAUUACCAGGUGAAUACGAAGUGUAACAAGAUUGACUUUACGUAUAAUCCGGAUGGAAGGAUUGGGAUUCUUACGUCGGCCAUUCAGGAAAAAAGCGGGAUGCCAAAGGUGUCGUACGGCCUGGCAAAUUUCGAAUAUGGGGAAUCGGCCCGAAUGACGCUGAGCAUGACGCCCACGCCGGGGUCGCCGACGCAUUUGGAGUUUGGCUAUUGGAUCCUUGACACGGAUUAUGAGAGCUACGCUGUUGUUUACUCGUGUGACGAUUUCUGCAGGGGGAGACAGCAUUCGAAAUCGAUUUGGGUGCUGGGACGUACGGCACUGCUCCCGCAACAAGUUAUUCAUCGUAUUUAUGAUAAGAUCAAGGUUCUUGGGUUGGAUCCUAAACGACUCAUUAAGGUCGACCAACACCAAUGCGUGAACGUUGCAGUUUCCGUGCGAAGUGAAAACUCCGUCGUGUCGAAUUCCUUUGAUCGAAAUUCUGCCCGGAAGUUUUUGGCCUCUUUAACCAAUAUUUUUGGAAGGAAGAAAUACAAUUAUUUUUAAUUUGUCUAAUUUAAAUUGAAUGUUGUUGAGCUAUGCGAUUUUAUGCAAUUUUGUUGGUGGUUUUUGUUAAGGAGAAGAAUUUGUUAAGUUAAUUAAGUUAAGUUAUUAAGGAAUCAACCCACCUUUGACGUUUAAUUUUUAGAGUAUUGACGAAUUUUUUGGAAAAAAUUAUUUAAGGGAGCUUAAUUUUAAUAAGGAAAAAAAUCGACCCUCCUUAAAUGACGUAUGAUUUUGAUAACGUGACUGUUUUUUUUGUACGAAUAAAUGUUAUAUAAUAUAAUACUUAAUUAAUCAUAGUAAAAUUAAGAGAUUACGCAAAUCCAUUAAUUUUAUCAAACAUUCACACGUCGUGCACCCGCAUUUUAAUUGAUUAAAUGCACAAGCACAUGUUUUGAAUGAAUAAUGAAAUUUGUAAUAAUUUAGAAAAAAAGUGCUUUAAAGUAGUUUUGGUUUUGCUGGUGUUACGCGGAAAUAGUUUCACAAACUGGACAAUUAAUUAAAGUGUAAGGCAUUAAUUUAUUACAGCCUUUGUUAAAGUAUAACUUUAAUUUCUAAUUAAAUAAAAAAUGUGCCAGUUAGUUUAAGUCAAUUGUUUUUUUUUCUCUGACUCGUUAAUAAAAUUAAUACUCAAUUGUA